AUGUCAAACAAUACUAUCAAUCAAGUUAAUUAUGCUUACAGCAAUGAACAACAAAAUAUUUAUCCAAAUGGAUAUUCUAUUUUAAGUACAUAUAAAAAGACAGUAAACGCCUUGUUAGAGAAUUUAAAACAUUUUACACCACAUGUUGAAUCUUCUAAAGAAGUUUACUGUACUGAUGGUUAUAAAGGAGGUUGGUGUACUGGUACUUAUCAAACUAAUACCAUUAAUAGUCAAAUCAAUGACAUUAAUAGUCAAAUCGAUUAUAUUAAUAAUGUUAUUAAUUAUUUCUUUCAGUGUGGUAAUUCUAUUCCAAAUUUAGAUAGAAAUAAUUAUUAUGAAGUGUAUAUAUUCAUUAGUAAUAUCUUCAAACCAUUGGUAAUUUCAGAAUUUUUGAACUUAUAUAAUGAAUUUCUGUUCAAACUAAAUUAUAGUGAUAAAUUCAAACAAGAAAUUGAUGAGUUAAGAAAAAAACUUUUGUAUCUUUUCUAUAAAAUUAUAAAACCCACUGCAACUGAAAAUUAUGUCACUGUGAGUCAAUACGUUGAAAGUCUAAUUAAAGGUAGAGGAUAUUCUACUUCAACAUGGGAUCAAUGUUUCUAUGCUUUGUAUUUGACGGUUAAAGACAUUAAUUGUUAUACACAACCGAGUAAAGACUCUCUUAGUAGUUACGAUACAGUUUAUAACCCUUCAAGUAUUACAGUUUGUCUUACCAAGAUUCAACCCUUUUAUGAAAAAUAUAAAAUAUUAGAAUCUGAAAAAGAGAGUCUUUCAGAUGACUUGAAAUUACAAAAACAAGAAAAUGGCAUACUGUCAAAGAAAAAUAUUAAAUUACAUGAUAAAGUAAACAAUUUAAAUGAACAAUUAGGUGAAAGAGAUCAUACAAUAAGUAAAUUACAUGAUGAUGUAGAAAAAUUACAAAAACAAUUAGGUGAAAGAGAUAAUACAAUAAGUGAAUUACAAAUACAGAUAAACGACUUAACAAGCAAAGUUCAAAAAACUGAGAGGCGUGUAGAAGUUUUAAAUAACAAUAAUGAGAAGGUAUGCAAACAACUAAAACAGCAAGUUGAAGAACAACUUAACCAAAUACGUGCUAAUAUGAAUGAGGAAAAAAUGAGACAAGAAUCAACAUACCAACAGAAGUUGAGUCUUCAAACAGAAAACUUCAACCAAGAAAUAAAAAAAUUAACUGAAGAAGAGAUAGAUUUAAAAAAUAAAAAUUUGUCUCUUAAAAAUGAGGUAGAUGAUCUAAAAACUUUACUUUUUGUUAAGUUAUGUGGUAAAGCAGAAAAGGUUAUUCAGCCAGAAGUUAAAGGACGAGGAAUUGAAUAUAGGAUUGAAUUAAAGCCAAAGAAAGAAAUAUUUACAGUUCCAGUUUCUCAAUCAGAGAAAAGAAAUGGUGCAUUUAAAAUUAAAUUACCACGACUCAUAAUUAAUACAAAUGAUGAGAAUUUAAAAUAUGAAGAUUUCCAAAUUAAUUUGAACGAUGAAAAAAAAUUCCUUUUUCAAGAAAAAGGUUCAUUUAUUCUUGAUCAAUCACUGAACCUACAAAUAGAUAUUGUAAAUGCUAAGGAGAAAGAAGAACCAACCUCCAAACAAAAAAGACAAGAAAGAGACAUUAAAAAUAAUGUUGCUGGUGAAGAACAACAACAAAAAAUAAAUAAAGAAGUAGCUAAAGUCUUUGUCCCUAUUGAAAAUUAUCUUUCAGAGGGUUUAUAUCUAUUUAAUUAUAAUGGCAGAGAAAUUCCAUUACGUGUAAGUCUUAAUACUCAAGAAGGUGAAAUUUUUCAAUUAAACACUCAAAAUGGACCAAUAAAGGUUCAAGUGCAUUCUGAUCCUAACGCAACCUAUUGCAGGGAUGGUUUUGAUUUAAUUCAAACGCUCUAUUUCUCAAAAGAGUAUGAAGGUCAUUCAACUUACAUUCCAAUAGACAUUUAUGAUGGUACUACUGUUGGACCAUAUAAUUUUAAAAUUGAAGAUGGGUAUUAUGUGGUUUGUGAACAAAAAGGAUUCUAUAAUCCUCAUGGAAUUAGGGGGUCAUUAAAGCUUGUUGUAAGGAUUUAUGACCAACACUAA